AUGUUUAACUUCGAUACCGACGAUGAACAACAAAGUGGCAGUGACGAAGAAAUAAUUCGUUUACUCAAUGGUCAUCACUUUGUUCAUCGACAGAAAAAGAAAUCAUCAUCAUCCAAUAAUACAACGAUGAAACUUGUUCAACACAAGAAAUUAAUGGAAUUCAAUUAUCUACCAGCCUUUCAACCAGUCAAACCAUACGUGGUCCAUUUCAUCAAUCAUCGAACACUAUUGACUAAGAUCUUCACUCUGUUGGAUCAAGCAAAACAAACGUUGAACUAUACACUGGACGUAGAAGGUGAUGAUCAUACCAACAAAUCUUCUUUAAUUCAAGUUGAAUAUAUCAACGAUCAAGCAGAAGAAUUGACAGUGUUACUUUUCGAAAUGGCUCAUCGUCCUGAAUCAACCACUCGCCGAUUUCUAUUCAUACAGAAAUUAUUUACCAUGAUUCUACAUCCAUCAAAUACAAUCUUUACAUCGGACAAUAAGAAACGACAAUUAUGUGACUGUGUUACCUAUCAAGUAUUCUCCAAUGAUCUGAUCGAUUCAAUGCAUACCGUCGAUAUACAAAUGAAAUUUAAACUUUGGUACAAUCGUCAAUUUCCACAUGAUCGAUCUUGUAUGGGAACAGCAAUGGGUGCAGAUCAUCCCUGUUGUCAUUGUCAACAUCGUCCAUACAAGUAUAUCGAUCGUCGAUGGGGAUUACAAAUGGCGAUGGCUAAAACAUUUGGUGAAUUUCUCGAUAAACAAUUAAGACGAAGUCGUUGGAGUCUGGGUCUUGAUCAACGAUUAUAUUCAGUCAAUGAAAAAGACCGUCAACUUCAUUCGUCGAGUCAAUUGGAUCGUGAAAAAUUGAUUCACUAUGCUGUCUGUGAAUGUUCAAGUGUUACCAAAUUAGCAAUGGUCAUCAACAAUGAAUGGACUCGUGAACAAUUGGAACAGUACAAGAAUGAACAUUGA